AUGUCAACGUUUCACACUAAUACCCGAAAUUCACGGCUCUGUAACCUGACCCCUCUCUCUGUUUUGAAGUGGGAUCCCAUGAUCACUACUCUGCCUGGCCUGUACCUGCUCUCGGUUGGGAUAGUGAGGCCUGCGGCGUGGCUCUUUGGGUGGACCGGAAGCAUCGUAUGCUCUACAGGGAUGCUCAGGUUUAUUAACCUCCUUUUCAGUGCUGGAAACUUCUAUUUACUGUACUUGCUUUUGUCCAAGAUGCAUCCGAAAAAUAAGGCUGUAUCUGGUUUCCAGAGAAUCUUGUCUACAUUAACUCUUGCAAUAUUUCCCACCCUUUAUUUUUUUACAUUCCUUUAUUAUACGGACCCAGGAUCAGUAUUUUUUACUCUCUUUUCAUAUUUAAUGUGCCUUUAUGGUAACCAUAAGGCUUCAGCUCUGCUUGGAUGUUGUGGCUUCAUGUUUCGUCAGACAAAUAUUGUAUGGACGGUUUUUUGUGCAGGAAAUGUAGUUGCAGAAAAACUAAAUGAGGCCUGGAAGACAGAGUUACUGAAAAAGAAGGAUGAAAAGAUUUCUUCCAUGAAAGGAUCAUUUUCAGAUCUGAUCAGAAUUUUCCAGUUUGUUAUUGAAUACCUCAUAUUACCUCAAAACUUAAUUACGCUUAUUGCUUUAACUUGGCCAUACAUCAUAUUAGUAGUUGUGUUCUUUGCUUUUGUGUUCAUCAAUGGCGGAAUAGUUGUUGGUGACAGAAGUAGCCAUGAAGCCUGUUUGCACUUUCCUCAGCUGUUCUAUUUUCUGUCGUUUACUCUCUUUUUUUCCUUCCCCCAUUUAUUGACCCCUACUAAAAUCAGGAAGUUCCUUCUGACCUUACGGAAGCACCCAGUGCAGUACAGCUUAAUUGCUGUCAUCUCUUUAUUCCUGGUCUGGAAAUUUACCUAUGUUCAUAAGUAUUUACUAGCAGAUAACAGACAUUAUACUUUCUAUGUCUGGAGAAAAGUCUUCCAAAGACAUGAGCUUGUAAAAUACCUGUUAGUUCCAGUCUAUAUAUUUGCUGGCUGGAGUUUUGCUGAUACCUUGACAUCAAAAUCAAUAUUCUGGAUUUUAAUGUAUUUUGUAUGUUUAUUUGCUGUUACAGUUCCUCAAAAGUUGCUAGAAUUUCGUUACUUUAUUUUGCCGUACUUAAUAUAUAGGCUCAAUAUUCCAUUUCCAUCUCUUUAUAGACAACUUAUUGAGCUGGCUUUUUAUAUUUUUGUGAAUGUAGUGACUUUUUAUCUUUUUUUAAACAAAACAUUCCAAUGGCCAAAUAGUGAAGAAGUGCAGAGGUUCAUGUGGUGAUUUUUUUUUUUUUUUUUUUUGGUACCUUUAUACCUGUAGGAAAACUCAGUUCUUUUUCAGGACUGUAGACCCUGGAAUAAAGUAGCGUGUAUUACAUUAUGUAAAAAAAAAUUUCCCCAGGAGAAAUCAGGGAAAAAAAAUCAAUGGAUUGCUUAUAUUCUUGGAACUGAAUGUGAGAUCUGAUAUGUGAAGAUACUAGAUUUACUGAAUUUAUGAGGUCCUAGAGUUAAAGUCAGAAGUAAGGAAAUUUCAGAAAACCUUUCUGUAACUAAUGUGAAAUGAGAUGUUUACAAUCAUAUUUCAUGAUAAUAAUAUAAUCUGUAGCAUACUUUUGAAGAUAUUUCAAAAGAUAUUUCAGUUUAUAAGUAAUGUUUUGGAGGUUUGCUUUAAAAUAAAGUAUUUAAGUGUUUAACCUUUUCAUUACCUCUGGCUGCAUAUUUACUCCUCAGCACAGGCCAUUUCCAUCUAUGUCUGCUAAAGGUCAAGGUAUGAAGCCUUACUGCAGACUAAAGUUUUCAAAAACACCUACAUCCUAAUGGGUUUUCAUGAGUUUUUGGUCUGUAAAUGCUUACGUUAGUUCUGCAAACAGAAUGUAGGCUCUUAAAUCAUUAGGACGUUUUGCAAAUUUUAUUUCAAACUGAUACUUAGAAAAUAGAGUGAAGACUAUGUGCAUGUUCCUUCUUUUGGGGGAAUAAACAUUAUUAUACAACAAAAGAUAAAUUGCAGUUGAUAAUGUGACCUAUUAGAAGGGGAGUAAUUUAUAUGUGCCAGGCUGAAACGUGUCAUUACACAGUAGAAUACAGUAUAAUGAAAACCCUUUUAAAUAAUAAGGCUUUUAUGGCCUGAGGUCCUAUGUUCACAGGUUUGUAUUGAAGCAGGAUGUGAGUACGCUCCGAAGUUGGAGUGUUUCUAAGAUCGUUGACGUGUAAUCUUAAAAAUAUACUAAUGGCAUUACUGUAUUGUUCUUUUAAAUGUUUUUCAUAUAUAUACACACU